AUGACGGAUGUAAGAUUCACCAGUGAAGUGACGGGGAAAGCGCAGGAGAGGGCUGAGCAGGAGGCGGGCAAGCGCGGGAAGAAGUCGGAAAGGGCCUCUAGGAGCCGGAGAGGACUGCCGGGGGAGGGACGUGAUCGUGGUAACGGCCGCACGACGGCGACCGUGACGGGCCUGAGCCGCGCGCUGGUGAGGCGACACGACCCGCGGGUACAUAUUCACGGUUCCGACGCCGCAGGGCAAAGCCCAGGCGGUCGGACCUUGCGACGAGUGCAUUCCCAGGGCGCGCGGACGUUGAAAGAGGCCGAGCCCCUUCCCGUGCCCCUUGGGGACCUCCCGCCUGCUGAGCUCCAGCCCCCUCCCAGGCCAGCGCGAAUCUUCGGGGUGCCGAGCAGGGGGUCCCACCUCGCCGGCCACGCGGCGGGGACGCGGCCAAGGCGGCGCGAACGGGGCGCCGGGGACCGGGCUGGCGGCCACAGCCCCUCGCUCUCCGCGACGCUCGGCGGCUCAGCGCAGAACUGCGCGCGCUGGGGACCCGAGGGGAGGAGCGGGCGCCAGGGUCGGGGGCCGCUCGGAGGCCACGCCUGCUCGGCGGUCUGGCUGGCCGCGCCCGGAGGUUAUUUUAGGGUCGUUGAGUCAGACUCCACCGCGGGAUCUGCCGAACACAAAAAGACAGCCACAGGAACGGACGCUGGCCCACAGGUGGCGUUUCCUCCAAGGGACAGUGGGAGAGGAGGAGGGCUCGCUGCUCCGGGUGGGUCCCUGUCAGCUGCGGAGCACGAACGUCGUCCCUGCUCCGCCUCGAGCGUCACGGACACAUUUUCCCACGGCGGCUUUCUGGAUAAAGGGCUGGUCCUGGAUUUGAACCAGGAAGCCAGACGCGUACCGCCCAGGCCGACGACCCUAGAUGAAAACCGGGGUCGCACGUGGUUGAGCUCCAUCUUCGCCCGCGCAGCUGGGUCCCAAGGAGGCUUGGGAGUGGGCGAGACUCCGAGCCCGAGCGUAGACCGAGAAGUGAAGUCCAGGGACCGGACAAAGACCAGGACGAAUCUCAAAGCCCAGCCGAGUUUUGCGGGAACCACGCGAAAAAUGAAGAGACUGGCUCAAGAACAGAGAGUUCCUUGACUCGUCGGCCCCGGUGGCCUAAUGGAUAAGGCAUUGGCCUCCUAAGCCAGGGAUUGUGGGUUCGAGUCCCACCCGGGGUACAUAGUUGCGUUUUAGGCCUCCCGGAAAAGAAGUUGCAAAGAAUUGAAAUGUAGGUGAUUAGUUAUGUAUAAGCCCCCCCGCCCCCCAGCGGAGGAACCGAGCGAAGGAAGGGAAUUUUGGAGAGUUUGAACGCAGUCAAACCCUAAUCCAAGAAGGAUUUGGGGGCCAGCGGCAACCUGUGAUGACUCUCUCCGACCCAGCAAGUAGCUCGUGUCUGGAAUAGGAUCCGAAUGUGGCCAACUGGCUGACUUCUGGAACGGAGGAUUUAUGAUGGGGUCACUGGCCUCAGGUUAACGGAUCAAAACUCACGCCCAACGUGGGGCUCGAACCCACGACCCUGAGAUUAAGAGUCUCAUGCUCUACCGACUGAGCUAGCCGGGCGGCUUUCCGGCCGCCCCUGCUCGCCGCUGGAGUUCUGUAAGCUUCUGGCAAACGUGCUGGGGACUGUCCCGGAUCCCAGACGUGCCGCACUAACGCGGAACCCCAGUGUUGAGUCGCGGGUCCGGAGCGCGCGGCUGUGCGGCCAGGCCCGUCUGCGGUGCGUCGCUGUCCCCGCGGCGCCUGCAACUCCCGGGAGCGGGAAGGUCGGGGACCUGGGGAUCCAUAGCGAGCGCGGUGCGAUCCCCGCUCAGGGCACGACGUCCGGCUCGAGUCCCGCGGUCCCUCGCGUUCAGUCCGCGCUCAGUGCGGCCUCGGGCCUCGCGCCGGAGCAGCCUGGUGCCCUGGAUUCCGCGAAGAGGCGCAUCCCUUCCCGCGCGAGAGGGAGG